AUGUGCUCGGGCGUGCGAGCCUGGCGGUGGAGAGGGGCACUUCUAGGCACUAGCGGCAAAGAGUGGGUGGAGUGCGCCAACAGGGACCUGAAAGGUCUCCCGCAGGGCGCCCGUGAGGAGACACAGGUGUUGGAUCUGUCGAACAAUCAUCUGGUCAGUCUGCCGCCGGAGUGUUUCCACGCCCUCGGCCUGAUCAAUCUGCAGAGGCUAUACUUGGGUAGAUCUCAUAUCAGCCGUAUAGCGUCCAAAGCGUUAAUGGGCCUGGUCGGGUUGGUGGAGUUGGACCUCUCGGAGAACCUGCUCGAGGAGAUACCGACGGAGACCUUCCCGUACUACUCGAACCUGAUGAAGCUGCUGCUGAACGGGAAUCCCAUCCGGGAGAUCCGUCGAGGGGCGUUUCAGCAGCUGGCGCAUCUGACGAACCUGGAGGUGAGCCAAUGUCGGCUGGAGACGAUAGAGCAGGGCGCGUUCGACGGUCUUCAGCUGCUCGAGUGGCUACGAUUGGACGGCAACCGGCUGACUCGCGUGCCCGACCACACGCUACCACUCGGGGGAAACGUUCGGGGACUCACUUUGCACAAUAAUCCCUGGCUCUGCGACUGCCGUCUACGAGCUACACAGACAUGGCUUAAGGAAUCCGCGCCGAUGACUCCGCAAGAGUCCGAACCUGUCUGCGAUGCUCCCCCGAAACUUCGGGACAAGCAGAUCAAGGCCGUGAAACCAAACGAACUGGCGUGCCUGCCGCAGAUCGAGCUGCGGGAGAAGCUUGAAACCUACGAGGGAGAUAACGUCACUCUCAAGUGCGACGUCUACGCUGUGCCCGUUGCUAAGUUGACUUGGUGGUUCAACGGGGAACCUUGCGAGCUACAGAAUGAAAACGACUCGUUGGCGAUCUUUUCUGCCGGCUUUCCACGAUACGUCUACAGACAACGAGGCGGCACCAACAUGAGCAGCACCCUUCUGAUCUACUCCGUGGAGUCGCUGAACGAGGGCACGUACACGUGCAUCGCCGAAAACGGAGCUGGUUCCGCGGAGGCAAAUCUAUCUCUGCGAGUGCUCCUGCAAGAAAAAGUCACCGUCGAACCGCCGAACGAUCACUCGAGGUCAGGAUACAUCGUGGCCAUAGCCGCGGGUGCUCUGGUGGGCACAUUACUCGCCCUUGGGACUCUGAUAGGCAGUAUAUUGUUUUGCGUGCGCAAACGUCGUCGCGAUAGAAAGAGAAACUCCAAAGCGUUGGUCUCGCAGAACAAAUCCGUGAUGCCAAUUACCAAAGACACUGCAACCAGUCUAUCGUGUAGGAAGGGUAACGGGAGUUUGAUAGGCCUAGAACAUCAGCAAAUAGUCUCGUAUACCGAGAGAGAAAUGAGUAGAGCAGCGACUCUUGAGCACAGGGAGCACAGAACCGUGAACGAACCUUACUGCAGCCCGGUCUCGAAGUAUCUGACGGAGCCGGACCUUAUCAACGAAGUCCCUGAGACGACUGACGUGGGCUACGGCCAACUCUAUCGCCAUCAACCUGGCGAGAGACAGAUCCUGGAAUACGACUCUGGAUAUCCCCUUCAACCUGACCUGCGUCCACCGAACAUACCCCAACUAAGUUAUCUCGACCAGGAUGGAUAUCCUCUGAACUUCGGUCUACCCAAAAUACCGUUCAACACCGCCAGCACCCUUCCACGCUUGAGACAGAGGAUGGCGGAAGGCUCCGCUGUGGCGCCACCUGCCAGGUACUCUAGGGAGGCGGAGUUCCUUGCCAGAUCGCCGGGAUACGAUCCUGUGUUGCCCAGGACCGACGCCAGGUACACAGCCGAAGGAUACCCGUAUCCUGUGCAACAGCAACCGCAGAUCCAGCCUGUGGAACAGCCGCUUCAGCAGCAGCUACCCGUCUCGCCGGUGUCUCCGGUCGCCGUGUUCCCGGAGGUGCCGUUCAUUCCUUCUCCACCAGCCGCGUACAGAGGCGAAACGACACCUCUGUCUCCCAGGUCCUUGCUGAGCAAAACUGCCCGUGAGGCUGCAGCGGCAGCUGCAGCCAGGGCGGAGGACCUGCAGCCACCUCAUCAUCCGGAGAGUCCUGACGAAGGAUACGUCGGUGAUGCGAUGGACGUCUAA